AUGUUGCAGUAUCCCGUCCAGCUUCCCCCGCUUUCUCUUACGUCCUCCAAGCGAACGCCCCUCAUCCGCAGGGACCCAAGUGACGACUUUCAGAAUGGAUCUCUGACCCACAAGCGCGCCUUCAACGACAAGCUUGUGCCUUCCCGUCCCUCCCAUCAUGUAGUUCCUAUUCACGUUUCCACUGCUUUCUCGACCACUUCCUCCCCCUCAUCAACUCCCCCCUCCUCCCCCUCGCCCAAUCCCCGCACAUCCUCAAAGCAGAUUCCCCGUUCCCCCUUGGUUUCUUCGUCGCGUCCGCUGCCCAGCCCGGUCUCUCGCUCGCCACACCCUCUCAAGUCCAACUUGUCCUUCUUCGACAACAAGUCUUAUGGCUCCUCGACCUCGUCCGUCGUCGUGGACGUUCUCUCGCAAGGCGACUUGGUCGGGGAAGGCAUCUCCCUCCAGGGUGAGACCAUCGUGCGGGUCCCCAUCAGCUCAUCUGAACCGCGGGCCGACUAUGAUGAACCGGCGAAGGAGUUUGAGGUAGUCCGCACUCUUGGUACUGGAAGCUACGCUGUCGUGUAUCUCGUACGUGAGGUCCUGUCGCGCCCUUGUUCUCCUCCCUCGGAUGAUGAACAUGGCGUUGCUGUUGCUGGGAGCAUGGAGAUGGAUGAUGGCUAUUUUGCUCGCCACCAUGCUGUUGAGUAUGGCCGCGAAUACGCUAUCAAGGUGUUGUCCAAGGCCAACCUUGACCGGGAUGCUCUGGACGCACAGCUGUUCGAGGCCACAAUUCAUCAGUCCCUCCCAGCACACCCCAACAUCGUCACCUUGCAUCGCACGCUCGAGACUCCUUCCUUUUUGCUUCUUCUUCUCGAGUUUGUGCCAGGUGAAGAUCUCUUCUACUUCUUGGAACAGGCCCGCGACCAUUACGAAGUCGACCCUUUGGCCUUGGACCUCUCGACGACUCCGCCUUCAGACUCGAGUUGCAGCACUUCCCGCACGCCCUCGAGCCCGAGUCUGCUCUCGUCUCUUGCCCCGUCGCAGCUUCUUUCCCGCACUCGCCUGCACCUCAUCGCGUCCAUGUUCUCCCAGAUGUGCGAUGCUGUGGCGACGUGCCACGAUCACUCUGUCUUCCACCGGGAUAUCAAGCCGGAGAACUUCAUCGUGACAGACGGGUGGACGUCCCUUCCCGACGGACGGCGCGAGCGCAAGGUUGUUGUCAAGCUUUCUGAUUUUGGACUAUCCACCACGGAUACCGAUUCCGCCGACAUGGAUUGCGGUAGCGCUCCUUACAUGAGUUUCGAAUGCCGAAAUAACCUACACCCUACUUAUUCACCUCGUGCUGCCGACGUCUGGUCACUUGGUAUCGUGCUUAUCAAUAUGUUGUACCACUAUAACCCUUGGACGGAUGCUGCCGAGGGUGUCUGUCCGUCCUUCAAGGUGUUCCGUCAGUCGCCGGUGCAGUUCUUCAUGUCUCGGUUCGCUGGCAUGACAUACCCUGUCGCCGACUUCCUCGCGACGAACGUCUUCUGUCUCCUCGACGGACCACGCGACAACGGAAAGCGUAUCAGCGCACGUGCGUUUGGCAUGUGGGUGCGCGACCUGCCCACGCUCCUGGGCGGUGAGAGGCACGGCCAUGCACGGACAGUCUCCAUCUCCUCCGUCCACGGCCAUCGCCUUGCGUCGUUCCCUCAUUCGCGCCGCCCGUCGCUCAGGAGUGCCACGCCCAUUGACAUGUCGUCUCACCGUGCGUCUCGGAACAUGUCUCGGGCGCCCUCACUCGUCCCUGUUGCAGCCGAGACCUCCAUGCUCUCCACAGUCCAGGACCAGGAGAACGAGGAGCUGGAGCUGGACGAUCAGGACCCCUUGGGGCGGACAGCUAGUGGUGCAGCAAGCUCGCGCUCGGCGUCUACGCAGAAGCGUCGCAAACGUGGUGCGCGCAAGGGCAAGGGCGCUGCACUGUCGUCUGGGGCUACUCAGGAUGCCACCCUCAACACGCUUGCGGAGGCGUCGCAGUCGCUGGCGCGCGAGAUCAGCCGCACGUCCCGCCAUUCGCAGGGCGUGUCUGUGUCUGGCAGACACCGCACUCCCGAUGUCACCGCACCCGCCAUCCUCCCGCACGUCCUUGUGCCUCCCUACCCGCUGUCGUCAUCUGCUAUGGCGUCCACGACUUCCGUCUCGGCCUCUACGAUCUCGAAGAAGCCGUCGAAGUGGAAGCUCUCCUUCGGCAAGGCCAGCAGCGCUGGUAUCAAGGUCCCGUCCGUCGAGGAGACGCCCUCGGAAGCUGGCAGCGGCAGCGCUCCCAAUACAGCUGGCAAGCCGAUGUCGUCCACAGCCAGCAACGUCACCAACUUGCUUAUGAGCCUCAACGCGCCUCUCACGCCGUCGUCUACCUCGAGGCCCGAGUUGGGGGAGAUGGGUAACUUCAGCAACCGCGGUCGUCGCACGAAGAACCACCCGUAUGGCCAGAACGCGGGUAACAGCAGCACGUGGGGCCCGUCCUCGAGCUCUGUGUUCUCUGCGAACAGCGCCAACGAGCGCCGUGGUGCGAACGGUGCUGACCAAAAGUCGCAGCGCGCGGUCUCGCCUGUGAGCAAGCGCGGCGUCUCGCCCACGAGCACGCGCAGCGGACGGCCCGUCGCGUCCAGCGCGAGCUCGAUGGCGUCAUCCAACUGGCGGAGCUCGAUGUCUAGCGCGAAUACGUCGGCGUCGACGUUUACGAAGUAUAGCAACGGCAGCACGCGCAGCGUGGCGACGGCGGCGACGAGCCUGUCGUCCGGCAGCUGGCGCAGCAACUACACCGGCGCGAGCAAGUACUCCUCGGCCAGCGACAACAGAUCGGUCGCGCUCUCCGAGCGGCCGGCCGGCAUGCCUGCGAACAUCAAGUAUGCCUCCUCACAUGCCCCGCAAUCCCGGCAACGAAAUGAGAAUAGGUUUGGUGGGCCCCCGCAGCGCAAGCCCCGUCGCGCGAAGCCGACCGAUUCGGGCCUGGACACCAUCAGCGAGCGUCCGCACUACAAGCCAACCAACCCGAGGUCGGAUGCAGCGACGAGCACGACGGAUCUCUCUGGGCAGCGUGAGCGCUACGAUGGGGAGGGAAGCGCCGAAGGCGAGCAUGACGGUCCACGCAAGGUGCAGAAGGGCCAGAUCAACGCGCUGGCGAAGAUGUUGUCGGCGCUGCGGCGGUGA